AUGCUGUCCUCCCUGAAGACCCUGCUGCUGCUCUCGGUCCUGUGCGCACCGACCUCCAGCCUGUGCCUGCGCCUCUACCACAGCCGCUCCGACCUCCUGUGCACCAACCAGCUGGAGGAGCCGGGCUACUCCCCCGUGGAGGACUGGGGGUCCCUGCUGCAGUCUGCGGAGUACCUCACCUCCUCCUCCUCUUCCUCCUCUUCAUCCUCCUCUGGCGAGUCCAGCCGCGGCAAGAGGACCUCGAGUCCCGCAAACUACCGCUUCGUGAGCCGGACCAAGCUCAGGGGGCAGAUGCUCCGCAACAGCAGCAAAGGAGACCGCAGGAGCAGACUGACCCUGUCCCUGGACGUCCCCACCAACAUCAUGAACGUCCUGUUCGACGUGGCCAAGGCCAAGAACCUGCGUGCCAAGGCGGCCGAGAACGCGCGUCUCCUGGCGCAGAUAGGACGGAGAAAGUGA